CAGGAACCUACGAUGCAAAAAGUGACAUCCUUACAUACCUUUAUUUAACAGGUUGUCUCAGCUACUUGUCUUUACAUGGUGCACUUAUUUCUGUUUAUCAAUCGAUCAGUUUCCAUCCAAACAUGAAACGCGCAACACCACAAACUAUCUUCAGCUGCAGUUCCUGGGAGUCUAUUUCCUAAACACAGUUUGCCAUGUCAUGUGACCACAACAAGCCACUCGGAGUUUUCUUACGUCAUCAGACUGGUCAGUUCCUGCCACGUGCAGAGUAUCUUCAACACAUGCACAUAUACAAGUCAGCAAGUAUAUCACUAGUGUAUACACGGCGAACUGAAAAACAGCCAAAAGCGGGAGGCCGACGUGGCGGGGGAAAAGUGAAGCACGAGGAUUCGUCGUUAACGGAGCUCACUCGCGCACGGCUUCGGCAUACCGUAAGAUCCUCCACUGCAUGCGUGUGUGAAAACGUGUGUGUACCUGUCUGGGGUAUCCCGCCUUUACACAGUAUGGUCUCGCAAAAGCUCCCAAGGCAAGGCUAAAACUAAACGCCGUGUUCUCGAUCGUCCCUCGGAAUGAAGCAGGCAUUACUAGAUCUAGCAGUCACACAAGGUAUCUGGCGAUUCACACAACACUCCAGUGAGAGUCCUUCAAACGCUCCCGCUCGCAAGUCGGACUCAGCUUUAUGCGCUAACGUCAUGCAGCAUAAUCCCAAAGACCUGCAAGCAGAGAUCGCAAAAUGUGAGCACAGGGUUUUUCCACGUAUCUGUAGUAUCAACUGACAAGGUUCGGGAUUUCCAGUCGAUUGCUGGAAAACAAUAGUUCAAGGUAAAAACCGGGGCAUUCGAAAAUUACUCCUAGCUAAUUCGCGGGGCUGUAGCUCCCUGGGGCGGAAAGGAUUUAUCGGCCUCUAAGUGGAUAAGCGGCCGCACAUGUUCGAGGAGUUCAGCAACAGCCAUUCGGUCUCGGGUAAGCCGUCUCAGAGUCCACGGUAAGGUUGCAGCAGCCGUG